UAGUCCUUCCGAAAAUCCAAGUCGACAAAAAAACCCAGAAAAAAAAAAAAAAAAACUCAAUACCAACGACCACAACAGUGAGCGGGAGUCUCCUUCUCUCUCAACUGAAAAAUGGACGACGGCGGCGUCUCGAAAGCAGGGGCGGUGGUGGCUUGCGCUGCCAUGGCGCUAUUCUACGUAGCCGUUCUCUACGCCCCGACCGUAAUCCUCCGUCUUCCUCCUCCUCCUUCCUUCAAGAACUUCAUGAUCCGACGGUUCGUAUGCGCCGCCAUUUCAUCCGUCGUCUCUGUCACCGUCUCCGCCCUCCUCCUCCCUAUGAAAAGCAGGGACUUAUCAUCUCUGUUAAGUGUAUACGGAAUCCGAACAGACCAUAUUUGGCAAGCUGCGGUCUUUCCUCUGUUGUUGACUGCUCUCAUGUACGCUGGAUCCUUGGUCCUUAAGGCACUAAUGCUAGUAAGUUCAUGGACAGAAGAUAUGAAUUAUGGUGGAGGCUUUUCGUUCGAAUAUAUCAAAAAUGUCUCACAAGAGGCUGUUGCCUGUACUCGUACAAUGGCUUCCAAUGUUUUGGUUUGGCGUAAUUAUAUUGUGGCUCCUAUUACUGAAGAGUUGGUGUUCAGAGCAUGUAUGAUCCCAUUACUUCUCUGCGGAGGAUUCCAAAAAUCCACAGUCAUCUUUUUCUGCCCCAUUUUCUUCAGUUUGGCACAUUUAAACCAUCUAAUGGAGGUCUACAGCAAGCAAAACCAUAACUUGAUCAAAGCCUUCAUGGUUAUAGGUCUCCAGUUGGGCUAUACGGUCGUCUUUGGCUCAUAUGCAUCUUUUCUCUUCAUUCAAACUGGAAAUUUUCUUGCUCCUGUAGUUGCUCAUGCAUUUUGCAACUUUAUGGGAUUGCCUGUGCUAGUUUCACAAGGGAAAGGGUUAAUAGCCGUGGCAUCUGUAGCAGGAAUUGUGGGUUUCCUGUGGUUACUUUUUCCAAUGACGUACCCAGAUUUGUAUAAUGACAGAACAGAUAAUUGCAGAUGCUGGCAAGGAUAUUGUUCCGGAAACUAAGCCUGUGAAAUCUUCGGAAUAAAUAGGUUUGGUCGAUUCUAAUUCCUUUUGUAGCAUUAUUUGGCAUCAACUGCUCGUAUGAUCUGAUGUGAGAGUAGCAAAGGAUUUUUAGUUUUCUAUUUGUAUAUUCUUUCCUCCUCUUGAACUGAAAUCACUCCCUUUUUUGGCUUACUUGAGCAAAAUUAUGAACUUUUUAAUGUACUACAGAGGAAUAUGAAGCUUA